AUGUCUAACAUCGACCAAACCGGGGGCGGCUUUCUCCCACCAUCACCAGCUUCAACAGCGACCUCGACUGCCACCGCCAACACAUUCAGCGGCAACGCCUCGCCAUUACCACACCCUCGAGGCCAUGCCCUCAAAGCAGGCUCUGCCAAGGAGGACAAGAUCCGUAACUACAUCUCAGAUCGCCUCGCCCACAUCAACCGCCGUCUGGUCACCAAACCAGAAGAAGAGACCGACAACAACAUCAAACCAUACACCUCACUGGCUGACCUGUGCCAAACUGACCUCGAUCCACUCAUCAAUAUCAUAUGGCUAUCCGGGACACCGGCCCUGCAAAUACCAUACCUGCUCAACAUUGCUUCCGACUUCAAUGACUGGCUGCAAACACCCACGUCCUUUUCAGUCGCACACAAGGCAUCUUCACCAACCAUAUUCGGCAUUUUGUCCAAACUGGACCAUUGCUUUGCCAGUCUGCUUUGUGGCCGCGAUUUCGUCACUUCUGAACCCCUUCCUGGCUUCUUCAACUCUGCAUCGGCGACCGGGGGCUCCGGAAUGUCCAAGACAGAUAUGGUGAGACUCAAGAGCACGGUUCAGCAGACGAGAGUUGUUAUCGUUGACGUCCUGGACAAUGAUGAUGACGGGGAAACUAGCAGGGUGGAGGAACUUGAUGAUCAAGAUGGAGAAGAGGGGGAUGAUUAUGAUGGCGAUGAGUGGGACGACCGUGAGAAAGAGCGCAUGUUCAUGGAUGUGGCACGCGUUUAUGAGAAUACGCUGGUCAAACUGGGAGAGUUGCUUUUGGAGUAACUGUUUCGUUCAGCGCUCUAGCUCGCAUAUAUUGCUAACUACCGACCCCUCUCCCAGAGGCAACCCACCACUCCGCUACUCCUCCUACCCCCAGCACAAUCACCGCCGAGCCCCCUGGCUUAAGCAUGUGCUAUCCUAGUAUGCCUCAAUCUCAGCCAACUCACCCGCAUCUCGGGGGAUCUGGCACCUCCCAGUUCCGCACCGCGGCGGCUGGAUUCGGCAAGUCUUGGUCGACUCGACGCAGAUGGCAUCAAGUCUCGUGCACGGCUCGAACCCGCCGAUACAAACCUCAUUCACACACUUCUCGACGCCAUUGCAGUAUCUGCCAUCGUCACACUGGGCGUCGGACGAACAGAAAUUGGCAGGCUUGUCGGGAAGCCAGAGAUCGGGACUCCUCUCGCCCAAGAUGGCAACCAACUCAACAAUAUCCUUCUUCAAGGUGAAUGACCUCUCCCCAUUGGCGUUCAGUCCGAGUGCCUGCGAGACCUUGGCCCUGAGAGCCUUCUCAAGCUCACCGCUGUAGGCGGUGUUAAGUGCUUGGGUCUUUUCCUCGAUCACACUUUUGGCGAGCAUCUCGACAAGGUUAUCAAGAAGAUCAAACGGAGUGGCGAGCAGCGUGCCGGCAGUAAUAUCGAUAACCGACCGGAGGAUGUCAUUCCAAACUGCCUUGAGGGAGUCACCCUUGAAGAGGUGGGUUACCGCCUUGAGGAUACUGGAUGUGCUACCCAGGAUGGCCGUGACAAGACCGUUAAGGAAGGACACCCCGCUGAUGUUGAACUUGAUGUUCGUGUCGCUGAGUUGGGCAGCAACCUUGGUGAUGGGACGGAUGGUGAGGAUGUAGUUGCCUGCCGCAUCGCGUUUGAGGGGGGCAGGUGCGAAGGUGAAGAGGAUGGCAAGUUGAGCACGGGUGGCCAGAGAGCCAGCUGCGUUGAACGAGUCGGAACCAGCGCCGAUGCACUUACCCAGGACCCGAGUUCCGAAUUUUUGCUUGAUAUCGGCGCGCGCCCAAAGCUCGAUGGGGAGGUCGGCGACGAAGAUGCCGGGGUUGGAUAGGGAGAUGGGGUUGCCCGAGAACUUGAUGCCGGCCUCGGCGAGGAGCUUGGCAUUGGCUUGGGUGCCAGUGAUCUCGGCCGUGACCGUGCAGGAAUGGCCAGUGUCAAUUUUGACGUUGGUGGGGUCGUUGUAUUGGAAGAGAAGACCGCUUCGGUCAAUCUUGAUGUUGUUUGCAGCGAGCGCAUCGUUCACCUUGGCGGCGACGAUGCGGCAGAGUAGCUGAACAGUGGCAUCGCCUUGUGAACACUCCAAGAAACCGAUGAGGGGGUUGAGGAGGUCAGAAAGACGGACAGUGCCGCGGGGCUUGAGGGCGCGGAACUGAUAGGGCUCGAGGGAGGUUUCUGUGCCGGUGGUAGCACGGGGCGCAGUGAUUGCUGUGGCGGUUGUCAGCCCCAGAAGGGGAAGCAAUGGAAGAAAUCUCAUUUUCAAGCUUCUACUUGAGCUGAGGAUCUUGAUGGGGCGGCGU